CUCCCACCUGCCUGACUUCAGGCACCCACUGAGCAAGGAAGCCGAGCCAAGCAGCCUUUCAGGAAGGCCCUUGCCCACAUCAUGGCAACCUGAGCCCCAGCCCACAUGCAUCACCACUCUUCCUCGCUGCCUACUCUGUCCCCUCCAAAGAGACCAUCCACAGCGUGGCCUUCAGGCCCUUCACAGAGAACACAGCCACCCUUGCCAGCUCCAAGCCAGCACUUCCUCCUCCUUGCAUGGCCUGGAUCACCUCAAGCACCUCCUCCACUCCAACGACGACGACAUUCAAGGCCUCCUGGGGGAGGAUGGGCCAGAAGAGGGUGGCCCUCAUCGCCUGCCUCCUGGUCCUCAUUGUGCUGCUGCUGGCCCUCAUCCUACUGUUUUUGUUCUGGCGCUCAGGCACCGACAUUGUCUACAAGGAACCGGCUGAGAGCUGCCAGGCCCAUGCCGUGCGCUGCAAUGGGGUCCCUGACUGCACCCAGAGGAGUGAUGAGCUUGAUUGUGUGCGCUUUGCCUGGAACCAGUCCUUGCUCCGUGUCUACUCAAGUGCAGAGAGGGAGUGGCUGCCCGUGUGCAGCACCGCCUGGAGUGAGGCCUUCUCCCAGAAGACCUGCCAACAGCUUGGCUUCUUGAAUGCCUCCCAGACAGAGUACGUCCCCCUCUUUUUCUCUGGGAAAAGCCUCGCGGUUGGAGGAAUGGAAGCCACCAUCCAGCAGAGCCUCAACAGCUCUGAGUGCCAUUCUGGAAAAUACAUCGCCCUACGAUGUUCGAGUUGUGGGCAGCGGAUAUCAGGGCGCAUUGUUGAUGGUGCAGAGGCACCAGCCAGCAAGUGGCCGUGGCAAGUCAGCCUUCAGUAUGGCUCCAGCCACAUCUGCGGAGGCACCAUCAUCGACCCCCAAUGGGUGCUCACUGCCGCCCACUGCUUCUUCAUGAACAGUGUGAAGAUCCUGGAUAAGUGGAAGGUGUAUGCGGGGGCCUCUGACCUCAAGCAGCCAGCAGUAGUAGAGGGGAUCACAGUCUCUGAAGUCAUCAUCAACGCCAACUAUAGUGAUGACCACGACGACUACGACAUCGCGCUGAUGAAACUCUCCCGGCCCCUGGCCCUCUCUGCUCAGGUCCGCCCCGCCUGUCUCCCUAUGUCUGGCCAGAACUUCCUUCCAGGAAGAAAGUGUUUCAUCACCGGCUUUGGAAAGGUCAAUGAAAACGAAGAGAACACAUCACCAAAGCUGCGGGAGGCCGAGGUGAAGAUCAUUGACUACCGACUCUGCAACAACCAGGACAUCUACGAGGGCUACCUGACACCCCGAAUGAUGUGUGCUGGGUACUUGCAAGGGGGCAGGGACUCUUGCCAGGGCGACAGCGGGGGGCCCUUGGUCUGCCAGGAUGGCAACCGCUGGUACGUGGCUGGCGUCACCAGCUGGGGAACGGGAUGCGGCCAGAAGAACAAGCCAGGCGUCUACACACAAGUCACUAAGAUGCUUAGCUGGAUCUACAGCAAGAUGGAGAGCCAGAGCCACUGACAAGCGGAAGACCCCACCCUCAGCACAGAUGCCCUCCUGGCACACCCCUUUCCAGCCACUGCACCAGGGCCCCCCAGAAGGGCUCUUUGGGGAGGGCCAAUUCCCUGCUCUCUGGCACAGGAAGGGUGCCGACUCCCCCAUGGCACUACGGCCUUCCAGAAUUGGCACUGGAGCUCUGCUUUGCCUCUGGAGGGCCUGGAGAAACACUUUGGGCCUGGAGGCGCAGGAGUUAAGAGGCUUUGCACUAUCCAGAGGAAGGCAGUGGGCUCAGUCUUUAGGGUUACCAGCGGGACUGGUGGCAAGGGAAACCAGCCAGAGGAGGAGGAAGAGAGGGACCCAACAGCCCCCUGAAGCAGAAAGGAGAGACAAGACCCAUGCCUAGGGACCUCCCCUCACCCAAAGCUGGGCUGUCCAACCUUGGAAGACCUGGGUCCCAUGGCCCAGGGCUAAGAGAAGUGGCAGCACCUCAGAAUACCCUUCUUCUGCCCAUAUGCUCAGACACAUUUCAGCAAUAAGCAGGUGGGGAUCAUUAGGUGAGCCUUGUUUCUUCUGAAGUCACAUUUCUGCAUUCCCCUGUAUGGACCUUUUGGGUGUCCUGGGGAGACGUCCCCCUUUUCCUUCUGCCAUUCUUCAGGGCCUGAAGGAAGAGGGGGCCACUCUCGACACGCCCCUUGGAUCCAGCACUUGGGUGCCACUCAGGCUGAAAACCUGGGAGGAGAUGGCCAUCUUGUCCCUCUUCUGCAUCUGGGACUCAGAGGUAGACUUCAUCUGGAUAUGGAGGUUCUGUAGACCUCUCCUGGAAAAUAGCCCCAGGUGGCUGAUCCUCCCAUUAAGCCAUCCAAGCUGGGGCACAGCACAUCCU